CAACGAGCGAACCGCCUGCUCAAUUGCAGCCAAGUUCUUGUUCCUCGCACGUGCACAGAGUACUGGGCUCCCUCCCCCAUGGUGUCUGCUGCUCAGGUUGUCUCCCAAGAAAUCUCAAUUUGGACACUGUUGCCUUUUCCGUCUUGCGCCAGAAGGACCAACCAUUCACGCCACUCUUCCAAACCAGUUGGACUAUCGCCAUGAAUGAGCGGGAUCCUCUACUCGGCUCAACAACGCCUGCCUGCCCAAAACCAGCUGGUAGCCCAGAAAAUGCGAAAAGCAACAGGACUUUACGGAAGCAGGUCGGACCAUUGUCCGUCUGCAUUACCCUUCUACUUUUGAUCGAGUUCGGGGCUUACCUCGCAACGAUUCCCCUGAACCAAGUGCUGGAAGCAAAUAUCUGCCAACGAAUGCACCCAGGUGAAACACUUGCCCCCAACGACCCGAUAUGCAAAGAGAAGUCGGUCCAAACGGAGUUAUCCAUGAUCCGAGGAUGGCAGUCGACAUUCGAAGUCAUUCCAAGCUUGCUGGUUGCUGUUCCCUACGGCAUGAUCGCGGAUGAAUUCGGCCGCGGAUUUGUGCUCGCCCUUGCAUGUUUGGGGAUCACGUUAAGCAGUGGCUCCUACACGCUAGUGUGUCUCUUUCCCGACGUCUUGCACCCACGGCUGACUUGGCUUUCUGCUAUUUUUACUUUUGUCGGCGGCGGUGCGGCUGUGAUCAAUGCUAUGGUCUUCACUAUGACCGGCGAAAUGGGGACCGAGGAAUCAAGAGCGACCCUAUUCUUCUACCUCGGCGCCGCGGUGCUUCUGGGCGAGCUGUGCGCUGGUCCCGCCGUGUACUUUCUGAUGGAGGUCAACACCUGGCUUCCCAUAUGGAUUGGGCUAGGGUGCUUCGGCGUUUCAACGAUACUCGCCCUGUUCAUACCUGAGCCACCUCGGGCACCAGUAGAUGUGUCAGAAGCUCCCGAAGAGGCGACAUCUGACAUAGACCAAAUCAACAAACACUCUCGACUAAGCGACAUGGUUCGGUCCGGAAUUCAUAAGAUGGGUCAAGCUGUAGCUUGGAUCGCAAAGAGACACUUUCACAUAAUCGCCUUACUUUUCACUUUAUUGUUGACGACCUUUGGUCGCUUCGCUCAGGAGUUACUUGCGCAGUACGUGACAAAACGAUACGAGUGGUCAUGGUCUCAGUCCAGUUUCCUUCUGUCCAUCCGUGCCUUCUCCAACCUUGUUUUACUUCUUGUUCUGCUUCCUUUGGCUAGUUAUUUACUUGUCUCCAAAUGGUCAUUCACGGGCCAUGCCAAGGAUCUCUGGCUUGCACGUGCUAGUGGCGUCUUACUUACUAUAGGUGCCUUCACCAUCGGCCUUGCAGUACAACCCGCUGUGAUGAUCAUAGGUCUCGGGCUGAUGUCACUGGGAUCAGGUUACAACCUCCUUGUCCGCAGUCUGCUUGCGGCCACGGUGGAGAAGAGUCACAUUGGAACUAUGUAUACCGUGAUAGGUACCCUCGAGACAGUCGGGAUACUGAUAUCGGGGCCAUUGCUGGCUAUCACCUUUCGUGUCGGUAUGGAAGGCGACGGAGGAUGGAUUGGGCUGCCGUAUAUUAUUGCAGGAAUUCUUCUGUUGUUGGCCGCAGUCAUAGUCUGUUCAAUCCGGGUGUCAAGUUUGGAACCACAGCAAGCAGAUAUGCGCCAGGACCAAGAAGGACAUUCUAGCUAGUAAAAGGGUGGAUGUGAGCUACUGUCACUUUUUCAUCAACCAAUCUCCACUAUGAAUUUCAGGGCUCAUA